UCUCCCCCUCACCCUAACUCCCUAGCGCUUCCGCUUCUAUAUACACCAACCGAGCAGGAAAACCUCUCACUCCCUCUCUCACUCCAGUCCCUCCUCCUCAAACCUAUCUCCUCCUCCCUCCUCCUCCUCCUCCUCUUCCUCCGCCGCCGCCGUCAACCACCAUGUCGGUCAAGGGUGGUGGCUGCGGGAAGCAUGAAAGCAAGUGGCGGCGGCGCGGCAAGCGCAUCUUCGUUGGCCUCCUCAUCUUCAACUUCAUCCUCCUCCUAACCUUCCUCCUCGCUUGGGCCAUCAUCCAGCCCCACAAGCCCCGCUUCGUCCUCCAGGACGUCACCGUCUACACCUUCAACGCCUCCGUCCCCAGCCUCCUCACCAUCAACUUCCAGGUCACCAUCUACUCCCGCAACCCCAACGACAAGCUCGGCAUCUACUACGACCGCCUCGACACCUACGCCACCUACCACAGCCAGCAGAUCACCUACCGUUCCCAGAUCCAACCGUCCUACCAGGGUCACAAGGAGGUCGACGUGUGGUCGCCCUUAGUCUACGGCACGGACGUCCCCGUCGCCCCCUACAACUCCCUCGCGCUGGCCCAGGACCAGUCCUCCGGCGCCGUGAGCCUCCUGAUCAAGAUGGACGGGCGGGUCAGGUGGAAGCUCGGCACAUUCAUCACCGGGCGGUACCACCUCUACGUGAAGUGCCCGGCGUUCAUCACGUUCGGGUCGAAGAUGAACGGGAUCACCGUCGGCGAGAACGCCGUCAAGUACCAGCUGGUCCAGAGGUGCAGCGUCGACGUGUGAGAAGGCGACGGCCUACAUUAAGCCGCCACCAUCACCUAAGCAGAUACACGCGCACAAGCACAUGCACAUGCUCUGUUGUUUUUAUCGGACAAUUAUGGUUCUCCCUCUCUCUCUCGUCUAUUAUUUUUAUUUCUCUUUUUUUCGCAAUUUCAGUCCACUUUGGUACGUGAUAUAUGUUGGGUUUUUAGGUAUCUGUGGAAUUACGUCUUGAACUGUGUAUACUUCGAUGUUUUACCAGGAAAUUAUAAUAAAAACGGAGGUAAUUAAAGAGGACAAAGUUAGGAGAAUCUUAAAUUCGGUGGCAAGUUGUGUAAUUUGUCAUUUUAUGAUCGAUGAGAUUGCGACUUGCAAUAAGAAAAA